UCUCUUACUUAUCUCUAAUUCUAGGAACAUCAUCUGCAGCGAGCGAUAUGCACCGGUCUAAUCAUUCCCACGCCGGAGGUGUUCGAGGCCACCGAUUCGGAGUUCUACGAAAAGUAUUACCCGACGGACUACAAAAUGCCCAAGCAGAUGAUCCACAUGCAGCCAGCGCUCAACCUGGAACAGGACGUGCCCGAUUACGACAUGGACAGCGCGGACGAGCAGUGGGUCAACACGCAGAACAAACGGCUGGAUCUAGAUCCGCUCAAGUUCGAAACGAUGAUGGACCGACUGGAGAAAAGCUCCGGCCAGACGGUGGUCACGCUGAACGAAGCCAAAGCCCUCCUCAAGCAGGACGACGAGCUGAGUAUAGCAGUGUACGACUACUGGCUCAACAAGCGGCUGAAAACGCAACAUCCACUAAUCCUGUCGGUGAAGACGGAAACCAGGGGAAACACCACGCCGAACAAUCCGUAUCUGGCAUUCCGAAGGCGAACCGAGAAGAUGCAAACCAGGAAGAAUCGAAAGAACGACGAAUCUUCCUACGAGAAGAUGUUGAAGCUGAGGCGGGACCUGAGCCGAGCGGUUACCCUUCUGGAGAUGAUCAAGAGGCGAGAGAAGAUCAAGCGCGAGCAGCUGCAUCUCGGUAUCGAGAUCUAUGAAAAACGCUACCAGACGCAGGACUUCAAUGGUCAACUUUUGUCGGAGUUCACGGCAAAUGCGACCAAGGCGUCAAGACCUGCGUUUGCACCGAUCUACUCGAACCAGUAUUCGUCGCAUCACUCCACACUCAGCGGUUCGGCCGGAGCAGGAACCAGUGGAUCGGGUCCGUAUCACGGUCCGUCAUCAUCAUCGUCCCAUUACCAUCAUCACGUCGGUGGAACCAGUUCCAGCAAGCGUGACAGCGAAAGUCUGAGCAGCAGUCGGAAAGAGAAACGCCAGUACAAGAAACGGAAGCACAAAAUACAAAAGGAACGGUCAUCGGGCAGCAGUGCGACGGUGACCGGUAGCUCCGCUGCUGGGCUGGGUUCGGCUGGUGUUGGAACGGGAGGAGUCGGUGGUUACCACCACUACCAGUACCAUCCGGCUGGAACCGGCGUUGGUGGGCUGGGUGGUAUCGCGGCGGCGUCCGGUGCUAGUGCACGAGGGGAUGCCGCCGUUGGGGCCGGUUUGAGCAGUGGUACUGUCGAUCCGGCGUUAUCUUCCGACGAGGAGGAGCUUGCAAACCUGCAAGGAACCACCGCUCCGGAGGAGGAGUACGCGUAUGCAUUUCGGCGGAGUAAACUUAGUCAAUACCAUAGGCCCAUUACGAAAGGCUUCGGCGAUUGGCCGUGGGUUUCGAAGGAGGAAAACGGAAAAGCGGAUCUUCGUUAUCGGUUUGCCCUCACAUCCUUGCGACAUCCCAGACCCCGCUGCAUCGGAUUCGCCCGGAGAAGGAUCGGUCGCGGCGGCCGGGUGAUAAUUGAUCGCGUCUCUACCGAUUUGGACGAUCUGUGGUCCCGGUUGGACUACAAGAUCAUCGAAUCGGAAACAACCCCAGCGGCGGCCGUUGCCAUGGAACCCGAGGAGGAAAGCAUCGUCAUCCCGGUGCCGUCCAGUGCCGGUUCCGCUGCACUAACGGCACCCACGGCCACGGCAACAUCAACCUCAACGACUGUCAUCAGCCAGAUGGAGCGAAAGUGGAACGAACUGGAAUCGGCACUAGCCGCGAAUAGUGGUGGUGUGAAACGAACAAGACAACUAGUGAUCAAAGAAGAAACGGACAUGGAUGAUCUGUUCAUGGCCAAUUUCGGGUUGGCCCGAAGAAUAAAAACCGACGGCCUGUCGGAGGAAGUGGAAGUGAAACAGGAAAAGUGUAGUGAUGAAAGGACAUCGGCGGUUGCGGCAGGUGGAACGUCCUCGUCGACGUUUGUAAUUAGUAGUAAUAGUGGUAGCAGUAGCAGUACUAGCGUUAGUGUGAAUAACUCAGAAAAUAAUGUGAUAAAAAGUGAAGCUGGUGGCAUUGUGACAGUGAAACAGGAAGUCCUGGAAGAUUACGAGCACAUGAUAGACAAUGUAAAUAAUAGCUAUAGGAAUCGGAUUAGCAACAAUAGCAACAGCAACAGCAGCAGCAGCAGUAGUAGCAGUAACGUCAUCAAUAGUAGAAACAAUUUUAACCAAUCGUUUAGCAAUAGUAUUAACAAUAGUUUGCAGAAUCGAGCAGUAUCCCAGUAUCAGCAGCAGUUGCUGCAGCAGUCGUUGAGAGCACUCCAGCAGAAAACGACGGCACCUGGGGGGACGUCAUGUAUGUCGCCGGAUGCAUCCAGCAGUAGUCGGUUGAAUGUGGACACGGGCUUGGACGAGACGGCGACAUCCUCUGCGGACAGCAAAGCUAUUGCCAGUGUGUAUACGGAUCUGUUGAACGACAUCCAGUCUAGUUGGCUACACUUUCGACCUAAAACGCCGGAACCGAUGCCGCUUAUUGAGGACGGAUUGCUGGACGAUGAUCCGUUGUUCCAAACGGAUGCCAACCGGAUAGCGCUGGAGUUGCAAGCGCUGGAUGCUGAACUUCCUGGGGACAUUUUCAAUUCUACCGAAAGUGUAUACAGGACGAAGCAAUUCGCGCUGGACAGUUUGGUGGAACCCCAUCCGUUGGGAUUGGAACCGGCGGCAGUGGCGAAGGACGCAACGGAUGAGUUGGGGAUCAAGCUGGAAACUUGUUCCAAUUCGGAUAACAAUCUCAGUGGGGAUAGUUUGAAUGAUCUGAACCUCAGUUUGAGCGAGUCCAACGAGGACGAAAAGAUGCUGGACAAGAUCUUGCAAGAGUGCCAAAUUGACGACAUGAAGUCGUUGAACCAGACAAGCAAUUUCUGGAACGGAAUCCUGGAAGACGGAAUAUUGAAUCAGUUGGAGACGGCAGACGAGGCCGGUGCGGGCACCGGUGCUGACGUAAAGGAAGAUCCUUUAGCCAUGAAUGAACUCGUCAGUCCCACGCCCGUCGAAGGACUGCCGGUCCACAAAGUCGGAUACUGCUCAGAGUUGGUCGGUUACGAUCGGUUGGCAAACGUUGAACGUUACAAGAGCAAACGAAGGAAGAUUCUGAAGCGCUGUAACUAUCUGGUGGGGAGUAGUUUCUUCGCCGUGCGGAAUCCACCGUCGGAAGAAAUCUUCAAAAAGCUGUCCGAUUCUGAUGGACAUGCUCCUUUGGAUGGUGAAAAGGCAGAAGGAGUUGAAGCUGUUCCUACGGCAGAUCCGGAGGUUAAAGUGGAGGAAGACUCCGAUCCCAUCUCAGCGACAAUACCCGCCGAUCAGAUCAAAAUCGAGCCUCCCGACGAGUUGCUUGCCGCGUGUUCUCCGUCCGCUUCGUCCCAAUCGGCACCUCACCUGCAAACCAAUACUUCCGUUCCGGCAGUUGGAAGCACCUACCAGCAACAUUCUCUCUCAGCCCCGCAAAUCAAGCUCGAACCUCUCAACUACCUGCAAGCUGUUUCUCAUACCACUGCCACAGCGUCUCCAGCCGCGGCAUCCACAUCAUUCCUGAUCACAUCUCCGUCGGUGCAAGUGGUCCAACCAAGCCAAGCCACCUCAACCGUGUUGAAUCCCUUGGCCGCCGUAUCAUCCCAAACAACAAUCCCAGUAGUAACCGCCCAUCAGCAUCAACAGCAGCAUCCCCUGUCCGGUCAGAUCACUCUAACCGGAAAUACCGGCAGCGCCAGUAGCAGUGGCACCUCGACUCCCACCUCCAGCUACAUCGUGCAGCAUACGACCCCGAUCGUAUUGUCCCAACAGCAGAUGCAACAGAUAGCCACCAGUGGAGGAGGAAACAUCGUCACCGUCAGUGGGAAUCAGAUGGCCAUUACGAAGCAAGCACUUCAGCAACAAGGCCAACAACAGCAGCAGCACAUACAGCUUCAGCAUGCCACACAUACGCACCAGGGUGAAACGUACGUGCUAACGACGGCCACUCCGACGGGGCAGUCUCCGCUCAAGAAGCAGAUCAACGGACCGAACGAUAAGACAGUGAAACAAAAUGUCAUCAACCCCAAGCUGCAUACGCUUAUAAAUCAGAAACUGGCUGCUUCCGGUCAGAAAGCCGGCGAUCUCAGCAAAAAGCAGUUCGAAAUGAUAACCAAGGCUCUGGUUUCGCAGAAAAUGAUCGUCAAGUCCGCUACCCCGGCGAACCAUGGAACGACGGCUGCAACGGCUGCGGCGGCUGCUCAAGUGGUCCAGCAACAGCAACUACAACAGCAGCAGCAGCAACAGCAGGGAACGAGUGGAACCACGUACAGCACGAUACAGAACGCCGCUGGGCUGCCGAUCACAAUUCUAUCGGCAACCAGUCAAAAUCCCCAGCAGGCGACCCAGAACAAGAUCAUACUGACAUCGUCUCCUCAGCUGAUACACCAGGCAGCCGGACAGCUGAUGGCCGCUGCAGCAGCAGCUUCACCACACGGAAAGAUUUCCAUCAAUUCCAACCUGUUACAACAGCAGCAGCAGGGACAACAGAUAGCGCAGUUCCAAACGACGACGGAUGGUGGCCAGGUGCAGACGACUUCCGGUACGGCUGGAGGGCAGCAGCAGCAGAACGUGAAGUUCGAAAAAGCGGUCAACAUGUUGUUCGAUGCUGACAAAAAUCGGAUAGUGUACGCCAACAUCAAGAACAGUCGAGGGCAGUUCUUGGCGCAGCUGAAUCCCAAAGUUGUGAACAUCAUCCAGCCGAUCCAGCAGCAGAAGUUGAUCAACAGCGUUGGCGCUCUUCAACAGCAACAGCAACAACAGCAAACGGCAACGAAUGUGCAAAGUAUAUUGGGAGCAUCGUCCGGUGCCACUACAAUUGUAAAUAGCAAAGGAGGCAUCCAACGGAUACCAGCGGUCAGUAUUCGAGCCCAGCAGCUGCAACAGCAGCAUCAGCAGCAACAACAACAGCAGCAAA